CGCAAACAUCUCUCAAUGAUAGUACCAGACCCCGAUGAUUCUCCCGGGUAGCAGACCCGAUGACGCUCCCGGGAACAUCUGCGCAGAUCUGAACUCGUGAAGUCGUGAGGUAGGGCUCUACGGGUAGCCGCCUAGCCGGAUAGGAUCUCUUUAAUGACGCUCCCGCGAUUCGAUCCCGCUCCACUCUUCCGUUCAACUUAAUGAACUUAUUACUUGACUUUGACUAUCAGUACACGAACGGCGUAAAUUAGUGAGUAAACGUCAAUCCGUCGUCUCUGUUCUUUUUCUUACCUUACCUCCCCUCGACCGAAAAGUCCGAAAGGACCGAAACAAAGAAGAGUUCUGACCUGCGAACCUUGUCUUCCGCCGCUGCUCUGCCUGCAGUGGGAAUAGAUCAAGGAAAAUGUCAAUUCCAACUCUCUCUCACCUCCUCCUCCUCCUCGCUAUUAUCCUUUCUCCAUCUAUCAUUCUCUUCCAAGCUUCCGCUGAGUCGGAUUCGGACCGAGUCGCGGAGCUCCUGAACAUCCAGUCUCGAUCCAAGUCUGGUGUGAUCCAUCUCGACGACCACAGCCUCAAUCGCUUCCUGACCUCCGCAAAACCUAGAUCGUACUCGCUCUUCAUUUUCUUCGAUGCCGUCCAACUCCACGACAAGCACGAGCUCCAUCUCCAUGACCUCCGCAACGAAUUCGGCCUCGUCUCCUCUGCUUUCAUCUCCAACAACAAGGAUACCCCUGCCCAAUCGAAACUCUUCUUCUGCGACAUCGAAUUCAAAGAAUCUCAAUCGACCUUCGCCCUUUUCGGCGUCAAUUCCCUCCCUCACAUCCGCCAUGUCGGUCCCCAGAUCCAAAACCUCAAGGAUUCCGAACCGAUGGACCAAAGCGACUUCUCCAGAUUGGCUGAAUCCAUGGCCGAUUUCAUCCAGUCCAAGACCAAGCUCACAGUGGGUCCUAUUGAACGCCCUCCAGUUAUCUCCAAUAAGCAACUAGGGCUUUUGGCGGUUGUACUGAUGAUAUGGGCUCCGUUCCUUGUGAAAAGGGUUCUCGCCGGGGACACCCUGCUUCAUGACUCAAAGCUGUGGUUGGCGCUUGCAGUGUUCGUUUACUUCUUCAGUGUUUCUGGGGCAAUGCAUAACAUAAUUAGGAAAAUGCCCAUGUUCUUGGUUGACCGGAACGAUCCGUCAAAACUCAUCUUCUUCUACCAGGGGUCGGGAAUGCAACUCGGAGCAGAGGGAUUUGCUAUAGGAUUCCUGUAUACGGUGGUGGGGUUGUUGUUGGCCUUCGUGACACAUUUGCUUAUUCGGGUUAGGAAUGUGACUGUGCAGAGGGUGUCUAUGGUAUUCGUGCUCUUGGUUUCGUUUUGGGCUGUGAAGAAAGUUAUUUAUUUGGACAACUGGAAGACGGGAUAUGGAAUUCAUGGCUUCUGGCCUAAUAGCUGGAAAUGAGAUUGCAGCUGAUUGAACUUUUGAAUAUAUUCCGUGAGGUGAGGAAUUUGUGUUAGUUAGAACUUGAAAGUACUUUUAACUCGCUUUGUGUUUCUGAAUUAUGAUAUUGCAACAUAACACUUGUUGAGUUUUAAAUCAUUAUAAAGAAAAUUGUAGUUUGCUCUUUGAAUUUUUCUUGACGCCUAGAAUGUUGAAGUUGUGCUUUUAUUA